CCCGCCUCCCUCAGCCUCCGCCAUGGCGAGUGGCAGCGGCGCCGGGUCGUCGGCGACCGCGGCGGCGAAUCUGAAUGCGGUGAGGGAGACCAUGGAUGUUCUGCUUGAGAUUUCAAGAAUUUUGAAUACUGGCUUAGAUAUGGAAACACUGUCUAUUUGUGUACGGCUUUGUGAACAAGGAAUUAAUCCAGAAGCUUUAUCAUCUGUUAUUAAGGAACUCCGCAAGGCUACUGAAGCACUAAAGGCUGCUGAAAAUAUGACAAGCUGACUUUCUGGAGAGAUCCUGAUGAGAUAUGUCAAAUUCCUCAAGAGGAUUUGAAGAUUGCAUUUU